AUGUGGGCCUCCACCGGCCGCCCCGUCAUCCUGCAAGACAUCAACCCCAAGGCCCUCGCCUCGGCGAUUGACUAUGUCAGCGACGCCCUCACAACCGCCUGCGCUGUCCGCGAGACGCAUCCCGGUCACGUCACCACCAGCUCCGUGCUUGAAGACUCCUGCGGCGCCAAUCCGUGGAUGGUCAUCGAGGCCCUCCCAGAGGAUCCAGAGAUCAAGCGCGAGCAGCUGGGCAAAGUCGACUCGCUCGUGCCUGAGGACUGCAUCAUCGCAUCCAACAGCUCUACAUGGCCGACGUCGGCUCUCAGGAACUUGAUUUCUCGCCCUGAGCGCCUUCUCAACACCCACUACCACCUUCCUCCCCGCAACACCUACGUGGAGCUGAUGACCUGCGGAGCCACGGACAAGGAGCUCAUGCCAUUCCUCAAGGAGCAGAUGCGCAGUGUUGGUUUCACGCCGCUCGCCCUUCCGCACGAAUCUGUCGGCUUCGUCUUCAAUCGGAUCUGGUCAGCGAUCAAGUCAGACACGUUGAGGAUCCUGCAGGCCGAGCUGGCCUCGCCCCGGGACAUCGACGCACUGUUCCGCGACUUCUUCCAUGCGGAGAAGGGACCCUGUGAGAGGAUGGAUGAAGUGGGUUUGGACACGGUGUGGGAAGUGGAGAGGAACAGAGUGAACAUGGGCGCAGUGAACCCGGAGAGAGCUGAUUACACCGACUGGUUGGAGGACAACUACAUCUCACGAGGAAGGCUGGGAGAGAAGACUGGAGAUGGAUUAUACUCCAAGGAUGAAAGAAGGUUGCUGGUUCAAAAGAGAGCAUUCGCCAAGAACUCUUAUUUGAAACUACACUUCUAA